GGUCUCAAAAGUCCACAGGAGAACGUUCAUGACCUCAGUCCUGUUGAGAAUUUUCGGAUUCCUAGCAAGAGAUGCGAAGUAUCUGCAACUUUCCUAGAAAUCAUAGUGAUUGCGGAUGGUCAGCACCUCUGAAAAUAAAACUGUUGGUCUUUCCUGUGUUGCUAGUGUAAAACUUUGAAAAAUGUCUCUUCUUCCAAUGAAACCUUUUUAUUAAUAUCUUCAGGAAAGACUCUGCUUGUUAACUUUGCCUUUAAACCCAACCCCUUUGACGUGAUUUGAAGUAGUGCCGAGUACUUACAUGGUUCCUUGUGACUUCAAUUGAAGUGGAGGAGCUGAGAGAACUCCGGGAACAACCAACCGAUCCUCAAGCCCAGCAAGAAAUAAUUAACAGCAUUGAAGAAGUGUAUUUUUCCAAUGAUUCCUUUGAUAUUGUGAAGUAUGAGUUGGAGAAACUUCCUCCAGUUCUUAGUCUUCAAGAAAUGGAAGAAUACAGAGACAAAUUAAAGCAACAACAAGCUGCUGUAUCUAAAAAGGUUGCAGACUUGAUUCUUGAAAAGCAGCCUGCAUAUGUUAAGGAACUUGAACGAGUUACAUCUUUACAAACUGGUCUUCAGUUAGCUGCAGUCAUUUGCACAAAUGGAAGAAGACACCUGAAUAUUGCAAAGGAAGGCUUUACUCAAGCCAGUUUGGGACUUCUUGCAAAUCAAAGAAAACGACAGUUGCUGAUUGGACUGCUAAAGUCUCUGAGAACAAUAAAAACACUGCAAAGAACUGAUGUACGUUUAAGUGAAAUGUUGGAGGAGGAGGACUAUCCAGGAGCUAUUCAAUUGUGCUUGGAAUGCCAGAAAGCAGCCAGUACUUUCAAACACUACAGUUGUAUAAGUGAAUUGAAUUCAAAACUGCAAGACACUUUGGAACAAAUAGAGGAACAAUUAGAUGUAGCCCUCUCCAAAAUAUGCAAGAACUUUGAUAUCAAUCAUUAUACCAAGGUGCAGCAGGCUUACAGACUACUUGGAAAGACACAGACAGCGAUGGACCAACUACAUAUGCACUUCACUCAAGCCAUUCACAACACAGUGUUUCAAGUAGUUCUUGGGUACGUAGAGCUGUGCGCAGGAAACUCGGACACCAAGUUUCAGAAGCUACAGUACAAGGACCUCUGCACACAUAUUACAUCAGACAGCUACAUUCCAUGUCUUGCUGACCUCUGCAAAGCACUCUGGGAAGUCAUGCUCAGUUAUUAUCGAACAAUGGAAUGGCAUGAGAAACAUGACCGAGAUGAGGGAACUGUUUCAUCUUCUGUUUCAGAUGGCAACAAUGUGAUUGGAGCUGAGGAGACUAAUUUUGACCGUAGCUAUGUACAAAAGAAAUUAGAACAUGGACUUUCACGAAUAUGGCAGGAUGUGCAGCUGAAAGUGAAAACGUAUCUGCUGGGAACAGACAUGUCUAACUUCAAAUAUGAUGACUUUAUCUUUGUACUAGAUAUCAUUAGCAGGUUGAUGCAAGUUGGGGAAGAAUUUUGUGGCAGUAAGUCAGAAGUUUUGCAAGAAUCCAUUAGAAAACAAAGUGUUAACUAUUUCAAGAAUUAUCACAGAACUCGUCUUGAAGAAUUGCGAAUGUUCUUGGAGAACGAGACCUGGGAGCUUUGUCCUGUUAAGUCAAGCUUUAGUAUUUUACAACUUCAUGAGUUUAAAUUCAUGGAGCAGUCACGUUCCCCGUCUGUGUCGCCUAGUAAGCAGCCUGCUUCAGCAAUCUCAACAACCAUAACUUUGUUUGAGCAAUAUUGUAAUGAAGGAAAUCCAUUUGAAAUUCAGGUCAACAGCAAAGAUGAUGAGACAGAAGAUGUACUUGCUUCUAAUGGGUAUGAAUCUGAUGAACAGGAGAAGAGUGCCUAUCAAGAGUAUGACAGUGACAGUGAUGUUCCUGAGGAGCUGAAAAGAGAUUAUGUGGAUGAGCAGACAGGAGAUGCCCCUGUAAAAAGUGUUUCUCGAGAAACCCUGAGGAGCAGGAAGCGAUCAGAUUAUAAUCUCAACAAGGUGAAUGCACCCAUCCUAACAAACACUACACUGAAUGUAAUAAGACUCGUUGGGAAAUACAUGCAGAUGAUGAACAUUCUGAAACCAAUUGCAUUUGAUGUGAUUCACUUCAUGUCCCAGCUGUUUGAUUACUAUCUGUAUGCAGUGUAUACGUUUUUUGGCCGAAAUGACACGAGUUCUUCACUUCCCACAUCUAGCAGGGAACAGUACAGUGCUAGGCAGUUUGAAUCAACAGGACUGGGUCUUAGUAGUAACAGGCUGCGCACUACGCUAAACAGGAUACAGGAGAGCCUGAUUGAUCUGGAGGUCUCUACUGAUACCACUGGCACCCUCACAGCUGCUGAAGAGAGAAAGGAGAAAGUGCCAAGCCCACACCUCAGUCAUCUUGUAGUUUUAACAUCUGGCAAUACUCUGUAUGGUUUGGCAGAGAGAGUGGUAGCCACAGAAUCCUUGGUGUUUUUGGCUGAGCAGUUUGAGUUCCUUCAGUCGCAUCUUGAUGCUGUGAUGCCUGCAGCCAAGAAACCCUUUCUCCAGCAAUUCUACUCUCAGACGGUGUCAACUGCCAGUGAACUACGCAAACCAAUUUAUUGGAUUGUAGCUGCUAAAGCUAUUGAUUAUGAACAGAUGCUGCUCCUCAUGGCUAAUGUGAAGUGGGAUGUGAAAGAGAUCAUGUCACAACACAAUGUCUAUGUUGAUGCUCUUUUAAAGGAAUUUGAACAGUUUAACAGAAGGUUGAAUGAGGUGUCUAAAAGAGUCCGUAUUCCAUUGCCAGUGUCAAAUAUUCUUUGGGAGCAUUGUAUACGACUAGCCAAUAGAACUAUUGUGGAAGGUUAUGCCAAUGUCAAGAAGUGUAGCAAUGAAGGGCGUGCCCUGAUGCAAUUGGACUUCCAGCAGUUUUUAAUGAAACUAGAAAAGCUAACAGACAUUAGACCUAUUCCGGAUAAGGAAUUCGUGGAGACCUACAUUAAAGCUUACUAUCUGACUGAAAAUGACAUGGAGCGCUGGAUCAAGGAGCACAGGGAAUAUUCCACCAAGCAGUUGACCAAUCUGGUGAAUGUUUGUCUGGGAUCACACAUCAACAAAAAAGCAAGACAGAAACUGCUAGCAGCAAUUGAUGACCUAGACAGACCUAAAAGAUAAUUGGAGAAAGUUCCUUUUCUUGUGAUUUGAACCUUCUUCUGUUAAUAUGCUGCAUGCAGACCAAUCUCUUGUGGACUACUGAGGACAUUCUGUUAACAAAAAUAUUGUGCAUGGCCUUUCUUAUUUGUGUUGGAAACACUUUGAAUCAGUCUGGUAUUCUCAAAUAUAACGUUUAUAACCUCUAGUCUUUUCUGUUUCUUUUGUUAUUUUCCUGUAUUAAAAGGACACUAUUAUUGUGCCGGUUGUUCAGCUGUAUAUUUUGCAAAAGGGUAUACUAUAAGUAAAUCAAAAUUACAAGGAAACACAUUGGCUUAAUAUAUAGUUGGUGCAUUUUUGGUCAAAGAACCACUUAAAAUAUGAUACUUUUUCAUCUUACACCCUUCCACCUUUGGAGCUUGUGUUUUAUUAUGAACACAUGUAAAGUGAAGGAAAAUGUACAGUCUCUUCUAAUGAUGAACCUUGUAUGUGGAUUAAGAGGGCAAAUCAGCAAAUUAAUAUUGUAAUAUCAAGACCAUAGUCUUCAUAUAGAUUUUAAAUGUAAGUUUAUUUCAAAAUUGUCAUAUCAAAAUAAUUGACCAGAAAUUAUGGGAAGGUAAUAAAUACUGUACACUAAUA